CUGGACACACGCGCACACACGCACACAAAGCAGUGCAUGCUAUGGUGGUAGAGGACGCGCAAGGACCGAGCUCAUCUCCCAGCAGCGCCUGACCCGCAGCAGUGAGCGGUACCUCUGGGUGAGAGGAGGAAGAGGAGGCUGAGGACGAAGAUGUCUGUGAACGAGGUGUACGUGUUCCGACCCUUCAAGCUGAUCGCGCUGCUGUGCGUCUUCCUGGCUCUGUGCCUGGACCUGGUGGCUCUGCUCAGUCCCGCCUGGGUCACCGCCGACCACUUCUCCCUUUCCCUAUGGGAGUCCUGCUCCCAGUCCGACGCACGGCACUCGGAAGACGAGCCUCAGUGGAGCUGCUUCUCCACACUCACAUCUGACUGGCAGAUUGCCACGCUGGUGCUCCUGGUGGCCGGCGCCGUGGCGACUCUGGUGGCGUUUUUGGUGGCCCUCAUAUCCCUCUGCCGGGGGACUCAGAGACAGCACUACCGCACCGUGGCUGUGCUCCUCUUCACUGCCGUGGUUCUGCAGGCCUGCGCUCUCGUCCUCUACCCGAUCAAGUUCAUCGACGGAACGGUUCUCCAGACGUACCAUGAGUUUAACUGGGGCUACGGGCUCGGCUGGGGGGCCACCAUCUUCAUGCUGGGCGGAGGGAUCCUCUUCUGCCUGCGGACGGACAUAUACGAGGAUGCAAUGUACUAAGUCCCUCAUCAACCACCUCCCCCACCCACACCCUGCUUCUGGAAAUACACACACAUAAACACACACACACACGCUGUGUGCUACUUUUCUUCACCCUGCAAGCACAGACCCUGUUUCUCUCUCUCUCUCGCCGUCUCACUCUCUCUGUUAUUUUUAGACAGGUUGUGAAGGCCUAAUUUAGGCCAGGGGCUGUUUGUAUAGGGCCUUCACACCCACCCCCCCUCAUCCCUCUCCACAUGCAGCCAGCGGGUCCCUCAGCCCUGCCGCUGUCAACAGUGAGGUGCAAAAGCACAGAGAGCUUUCUGGACAGGCCGCGAGCCUCCGAUGCUGCUGGACGUUUCCACAGUACGUUGGCCCGGAUCCCUCCUAUUGUCAGAGGAACAGGACAGUAGAUUCUCCCUGACAUGUGAUUGUGCAGUGGCUGGACAUUUAAAGGGACUGACGCAUCUCCACAAUGCCUUUUUUUACAAUUCUUUUUUGUAGCAUUUUACGAGGACAAGCUUGUUGUUCAUGUAUUGAUGGCCUCAUAUCCCACUUUAUAAAUAUUGAAAGCCCUUCACGUGUUCUAUGGCUCAAACAUAUCUAGCGAAGCGAAAGCCUUCGGAUAUUAGAAGUGUAGAUUAGUCACCUGGAGCGAUCAAGUGUUUGUUUGAAAGUAAAACAUGUAAAUGUGUACAGAGUGUUUCUACAUGAAGAAGAAUAAACAGCUGUAGUUUUCGGGAUUGUUAGGAGUGUUGAUUAUUGUUAAAAUAAUAAUUCUUGCUGCGAUCAUGUGGCAUUCUGACAAUUUCACCUUUGACAGACUUUUUAGAGCGAUGCCUAAUAAGAGAAAAAAAGCUGCCAAACUAUUUCAUUCCUCAGAGGAGGUUGCACCAGGCUGUGUGCUGUGUGAAAAUAUGAUGCAUCGUUAAAAAAAUAAUCAGCAACAUAAUAACAUGUAUUACUCUCACCAAGAGGCAUAUUUUGCAAUUAAAUUUAAAACCGUCUGAGAGUUGGUGUACUCAUGUCAUGUAAUUACUGAGAUAUUUUUUACUGAAUUGUCAUAUUAUUUACUUGUCAAGGAUAAUUGUGCUUGAAGGAUUUAUGGUUGUGUUUAUUAAACAUUACAAUCAUAAAAAAAAAGGUUAGAGUCAUUUUUGAAAAGAUAUAAUUGAUAUUACAGGUUACAGAUCAAAUGUUGAUGAAAAGCUGUUAAUUUCUAAGUGUGUUUAUGAAAGGAACAUUAAAAAACAUCUAUAUUAUUUCCCUGGGUGUUUAAAACAGGUGUUGCUGCCACAUGUGAGCAGCCCGGUGUGACAUCUCCCAGUUCACACUUGUUUUUAACUCCACGGAGUUCAAACUGCAACAGCUGCUCAAACAAUCGUUCUAAAGGGAGGAACAGUUUCCGCUGCUGCAACAGUGUGAACGCUCCAGCUGCGGAGCUCCAAGAAAACGAAUACGACACAAAAUCCCAAUGUUAACCUGAUGCUUGGCUUUUGUGAGCAGCUUAAAGUUGUGUUUGAAUGUGUGAGGUGCCAGCUCAGUGGUUGUCUUAUAAUAGCAGCGACCUCUCUGGAAUCUUUGAAAUGUGACUUACCAGUCAAAGGUGACGUCGUGGUUACAUCGUGGCAGAGAGAUCGCACGCACACAGUGUGUGUGUGUGUGUGUGUGUGUGUGUGUGUGUGUGUGUGUGUGUGUGUGUGUGUGUGUGUGUGUGUGUGUGUGUGUGUGUGUGUGUGUGUGUGUGUGUGUGUGUGUGUGUGUGUGUGUGUGUGUGUGUGUGUGUGUGUGUGUGUGAGAGAUUUAGAUCUUUUUUUUUUCUCAUCCCAGAUCUUGCGCAUGUUGUCUUUAGUUAAACAUUAGAACCCAAAGUAAAAUAUUCAAUAUCACAGUGAGAGGACAUGGCUGUUUAAACAAGUGGAACGUUGACUCGGAACAAUUUAUUCUAAGAGAAAUAUUCUAAGAUUGAGAUACACACACAAUAUAUAUAUCACUAUAUCAACGUUUUUACAGUACCUCAGUAAAAUAGUUAAUGUUUUCGUCUGCAUUUAUUUGUUAGUAAACAGGAUUAUGUCAAAGCUACCCAACCGAUAUCCAUUACAUUUUGUGGAGGGAGGAAGAAUCUGUUUUAUGUGGCAUGGAUCUUGAUUAAAAUAUUCAGGCAUGUUUAGGGGACUUAUAUUUCCAGAGUGUGUGCAAUUUGGUGCUGAUCCAAAUAAAGAUCUGGAUCUAGUGAAUUCAAAAGUGGUUUCAUAAGGGGACUGCUAGUGGAAGUUUCUAGUAUACAAAUCAGCCUCCCAUGGUUAUUUUUCUUUGCUUUUUAUUUGGAAGGAAGACGGUUUCAAAUUAUGCACUUUCUAACUUUGGUGUGUUGUAAAUGUCAAAGGUCAAAAUGUCAGGGGUUCUUCAUUCUCAGCCCUCCACCCACACACAGUAAAUGCAUCACAUGCAUUUACGUGGUCUUUCCCCACCUACUGAUCAUAUCUCGUCAGUGUCUGGAACUGGGAGGCUGAAGUUGAGAUUCAAUCAUUUAGCUAAGAAAUGUAGAUCCAACAUCAGCUCUAAUGUGUUUCACAUUGGUUUGUUUGUAUUAACUCUUUAUCUAUGCUUUUAUGAAAAUAAAGACAUGACCGAAACAAA